AGUGCCUCCAUCUCCUUCUUUGCUUUCUAAAACCUUUCAUUUCCUUUUCCUUUUAUCCUUUUGUCACAUUGAAUCCAAUUGCAUAAGUUCUCUCUUGACCCAUAGUCCUUUGAGGCCCUUUGCUUGCUAAAAGUAAAAACCCUUUCAUUGAAUCCACACUGCUGGUAUUUUUUGUCAUCUGGUUUCCUGGAGGAGAAAAAGUGGGAAAUCCCAAAUAGGAAAUGGAGGAAAUUGUUGUUACGAUUGCAGCAAAAGUUGCAGAGUACCUAGUCGCUCCAAUUGGACGUUCAUUUGGCUAUAUGUUUAACUACCGCAGCAACAUUGAUGAUCUCAGGCAACAAGUUGAGAAGCUAGGGGAUGCCAGGGCUAGGUUGGAGCGAUCUGUAGAUGAAGCUAUUAGGAAUGGGGAUGAAAUUGAGGCUGAUGUUGACAAGUGGCUUUUACGUGUUAGUGGGUUCAUGGAAGAGGCUGGCAAAUUUUUUGAGGUUGAAAAGAAAGCAAACCAGAGUUGUUUCAAUGGGUCCUGUCCAAAUUUGAAGUCACAAUACCAGCUGAGCAGGGAAGCGAAGAAGAGGGCAAGGGUUGUUGCUGAAAUCCAAGGAAAUGGAAAAUUUGAGAGGGUAUCAUAUCGUGCUCCUCUGCCAGGGAUAGGAUCUGCGCCUUUCAAAUGUCAUGAAGCUUUAGAAUCAAGAAUGACUACUUUGGAUGAAAUUAUGGAGGCCUUGAGGGAUGCUCAUGUCAAUAUCAUUGGGGUAUGGGGAAUGGCUGGUGUGGGGAAGACCACGCUGAUGAAACAAGUAGCUAAACAAGCUGAAGAAGAGAAGUUAUUUGACAAGGUGGUUAUGGCUUAUAUAUCUUCCACUCCUGAGUUGAAAAAAAUUCAAGGUGAACUUGCAGACAUGCUUGGUUUGAAAUUUGAGGAGGAGAGUGAAAUGGGAAGAGCGGCUCGACUAUGUGAGAGGUUGAAGAAAGUGAAGAAGAUCCUCAUCAUUUUGGAUGAUAUUUGGACUGAACUCGAUCUGGAGAAAGUGGAAAUUCCUUUUGGAGAUGAUCAUAAGGGAUGUAAAAUGGUGCUCACUUCUAGAAAUAAACAUGUAUUGUCCAAUGAGAUGGGUACUCAAAAGGAUUUCCCUGUUGAACACUUACAAGAAGAAGAAGCAUUGAUUUUAUUUAAGAAGAUGGCAGGUGAUUCCAUUGAGGAGCCAGAUUUGCAAUCCAUAGCAAUUGAUGUAGCAAAAGAAUGUGUGGGUUUGCCAAUUGCAAUCGUAACAGUGGCAAAGGCAUUAAAAAACAAGGGUUUGUCUAUAUGGGAGGAUGCCUUGCGACAACUAAAGAGGUCUAUUCCAACAAACAUUAAAGGAAUGGAUGCAAUGGUAUACUCAACUCUGGAGUUGAGUUACAAACACUUGGAGGGUGAUGAAGUUAAGUCCUUGUUCUUACUUUGUGGUUUAAUGUCUACUAAGAUUUAUAUUGAUGAUUUAUUGAAAUAUGGUAUGGGUCUGAGAUUGUUUCAAGGAACUAAUACAUUGGAAGAGGCAAAAAACAGAAUUGAUACAUUGGUCGAUAGCCUCAAAGCUUCAAAGCUGUUACUAGACACUGCCCACAAUUCAUUUGUUAGAAUGCAUGAUGUUGUUCGUGAUGUUGCCAUAGCAAUUGUAUCCAAGGUCCAUCGUGUAUUUUAUCUGCAAGAAGAUGAAUUGGCAGAGUGGCCAAAGAUGGAUGAACUCCAAACCUGCACCAAGAUGUCUUUGGCUUACAAUGAUAUCUGUGAGCUUCCUAUAGGAUUGGAGGGUUGGCAUGGUCAACUCCUACUUUCCUUCUGCAACCUCCGGUCCCUGAAGAUAAAGAAUUGUGCUUCACUGUUGAAAGUACUCCCACCCAGUUUGCUUCAAAACUUACAGAAUUUGGAAGUACUAAUAGUGGAAAACUGUAAACAAUUUGAAGAAGUAUUUGAUCUUGAAGGGCAAAAUGUUGAUGAUGGACCUGUUGGGCUCCCGCCUAAGUUAGAAAAACAGAGUUUAAUUGAUGAUAUCCCAGUUGCAGUGCUCUUUAAUGAGAAGCUGUAA